AUGAUUCUAUUUUCAGCUAUUUCUAAAGGAUCUCUUAUAUUAUGUGAAUAUACUGAAUCAAAUGAAGAUUUCUAGUCAUUAAUUUUGAAAUAGCUCAAAUUCAUUAAAAAUAAUGAAGAGAAACAACAAUUUCAAAUUGUAUUUCAAAUCCUUAUUUUAAUCCUAGAACGAGUACACGUUGUAUCACUUUCAAAAAAACCAAUAUAAUUUUAUGUGUUUAUUGCAACAACCCGAAAAUAAUCAGAUCGAAGAUUAGAAAACAUUUGCCUACCAGUUUCUUUAAGACAUCGCAGAUAAGUUUUAAUUGAUGACUCAGUGUAAAAUAAUAAUUUAACAUCAGCUCAAGGAAUAGACAAGGGUCAAUUCACUAAGGUUAUUGCAGAAAUUAUGGUUUAAUAUAAUUAAAAAACUGAAAACCACGUUGGCCAAUUAAAACAAGAAAUUUAAGAGUAAAUUAAAAAUAUAUUUAUAGAACACAAACUCAUUAAGAAAUUAAUUCAUAAAAUGUGUAUUAGGAACCUAAAGGUGCUUCUAAAAAAGCGCAUUUCGGUUACAGCGUUUAUACCUGUAAAUCAAUCUUCUUUGUUAUUAACUUAUUUCUAGCUGGAAUGCUUGUUGAAUUAUUUACUAAAUUUGAUAAAUAUUUAUGA